AUCUGUUAGUAACGCGUUUUCUUACUCUAGCAUCUUUGUAUUUUAAAAACGGAACCGCCGUCGUUGUCCUGGUACUGAAAACAACACUUAUCAAACCUGACUCUUUAAGAUGGAGAGUCUAGACUUUUCCGAGGAGGAGAUCCAGCAGCAGCUGGCUGCACUUGGAUACAGAAAUGUUCCCAAACAAAGACUGCGGGAUUUCAAGAGAGAUCUAGAUCAGCUGAUUCGUCACGAAAAGUCAAAGAGUCACAGCUCCACUGACUGGACUUCAACAUCUCACAGCAGCUCCAGCAAAAGUCCUCCUGCACUUCUUAAAGAAAAGGUUCAGUUGAACAACAUCGGCCCCGGAUGUAACUAUGUCCUCUUCAACACCAGCUCAGCAGGGCAACACAAAGAGAUUUUCUCCUCCACGUUUAAUGAGGACGAUCAUGGAGACUCUGGUAUGAAUCACAACUAUGAUUCAUAUUCACGGCACACAAUUGCUCAAAGACCAGCUCGGCCCUCCACGGCACCCAACAGGCUGGAAACAGAGGUUUUGGAUUGUAGUGAGUCUACAAGUCCUGACAGAGAGCAUCAGGUUCAUUUGAAGCCCGUUAUUAAAAGGAAAGUGUUAAGGAAGCAUCAAGGUCGGUCUCAAGUCUGUGAUGAGUCCACACACAGUGAAGAUUCUGGCACAGUUAGUGAGCUGGAGGAGCACUUGGACCGUAUGCGUAUCGCUGCAUCUCGUGUGCACUACAACUUGGACAGUGAAGACACCGGAAGCUAUACUGACAGAUUCAGCUCUGUGACGGAGGAACCCCCGAGUGCUUUCCAGGAAUACAUCAAAGGCAUGACGCGAUCACACAGUGAGAGUGAUAUCCGACCCCGUCCAAAGUCAUUUAUACGGCCGGUUUUUGAUCAUCCUCACACAAGGAACUUAAAGAAAACUGAUCCAGUGGCGAAGUAUUUCCAGUAUAAGCAGGACUGGGAGAUGUUUAAACCUCCAGGAGAGAAGAGCAGGAAGGAGCUGCACUGGGCCAUCAGGGAACAACUUAUGUAUCAGCCUCCACCAGCAAGACCUCAGAAGACGUACAUCCCCAACAAUUAUGUGGUUCCAACAGAGAAGAAGCGCUCAGCAUUAAGAUGGGAGAUCCGACAUGAUUUAGCACAUGGCAUCAUCCCAACUAAAAUCUCCUAUCCUUGACAGAUCAUCUUCCACCAAUGCCUUAUCUUCCUUAUUGCUAUUAUUUAUUAAUGAAUGACUUUUUUUUUUUUUACUCCAUUGUACA